AUGGCCGAUAUAAAGGACUUGGAUACUUCUUCGAUAUUUAAAAUUUAUAAGGUAGGCUGUAUUAAAGUAAGGAAACAAGAUUGUGACAACUUAGUUAAGCUCCUUAAGCAAGAUGGUAUUCUUUUGAAAGUAUCUCAUAUAUCACCUGUUAUAAGAGAAUCAACAGACAAAGAGGAUAAAUUCCGAACAAUCUACUUAGCUCAAAGUGUGCUGUAUAAUUUGCAUUGUAAUAAGAAGACAAAGCUUGUACAUGAUAAAGAAACCAUUAAGCCGGAAUUAAUAGAUGACAAUUUAGUUCAAGUAUUUGAUUCAGGUGAAAUAUUAAUUGGACUGCCUUUAAAAUUAGUCAAUACUUUAAGUAAAUUAGAAUUUGCGCAGUAUGACAUUAUAGAUUUAAAGAUAGAAUAUGACAGGCUAUCAUAUAUUGAAUGUUUAAAACAGUGCAUUCCAGAAGAUAUUGAGAUAACGUCAAGCUUUGAGACUGUAGGUCAUAUAGCACAUUUAAAUCUGAAUAAUAAUGCUUACCCUUAUCGUUACACUAUUGGAAAAGUCUUAUUGGACAAGAACCCAGGUAUUAAGACUGUAGUCACAAAAAUAGGUAACAUAAAAAAUACAUAUAGAACAUACCCUUUAGAGGUUGUUGCAGGCGAAAAAAAUUUAAAAGCUAAAGUGAAAGAACAGGGAAUUUUAUAUAAUGUAAAUAUUGAUGAGGUGUAUUGGAAUUCACGUUUAUCUUAUGAAAGACAACGAAUCGUAAAUAUUAUACCGAAUUAUUCCUUUGUUGUUGAUUUGACAUGUGGGGUUGGAGCUUUUACUCUACCUCUUCUUAAAAUAUCCAACUGUCUAGUUUAUUCUAAUGACUUGAAUCCUAGUGCUAUUAAAUUGCUUGAAUUGAAUAUUUCUGAAAAUAAGCUUGAUAGUAACCAUGUAGUAAUUUCUCAGAGAGAUGCUAGAUCCUGCAUAGAAAACCUUCUUGAUUUAAAGCUAGAUAUCAGCAAACUCUUCAAUACUAAAAUUAAUGACAAAAUUCAACCUCUAGUAAGUUAUUGGAUUUGUAACCUUCCAGAGUAUUCUUUAGAUAUACUAUCACAAUUUGCUACAUAUAAAUUGUCACUUGGAAACAGAAGUGAAGUUGACGAGAGUAUACAAGUUCAGCAGGUAAUUGUGAUCAAGUGCUAUUUCCACUUUUACUGCUUCUCAAAAUCUUUAGAGCCAUUUAGUGAUAUAAGUAGCCGUAUAAAAGAAAACUUGAAAUGUAAGGAAGAUGAUGAGAUUUUUUAUCCUAUAAAUCUUUCAAUUCAUAAUGUACGUGAUGUAGCUCCAAAUAAGACUAUGUACUGUGCAGAGUUUCAUAUUAAUAUCCCAAUUAUAAGGGAUCUAGCUUCUUCAUAG